AUGGCCCUGCUGCUGCGCGGCCAGCUGCGCCUGGUCCGCUCGGCCAGGCCACUGCUGGUCGCUCGCGCUGCGGCAGCGCCACAGCGGCAGGCCGCGAGGGCCCUCGCCGCUGCCGCGGACCCCUACGCGGACAAGGGCGACCCCUACAGGUCGCGCGGCCAGGGCGGCGACCCCUACGGGCGCGGCGCGCCCCGGCGCCCGCGCGACGUGCCCGGGCCGCCAGGAGGCGGCUUCGAGGGCGGCAGGGGGCGCGACGGCGGCGGCUUCGGCGGGGGCCGGGGACGCGACGGGGGCGGCUUCGACGGGGGCAGGCAGUUCGACGGGCCCCGAGGUGGAGGCGGCCGGCCUAGCGGCAGCCAUGGCGGCGGCGGCGGUUUCGACACCGGCGGCAUGCCCGACCGCAUGUCGCAGGUGGGGCAGAACCUGAAGAAGUUGAAUUGGCAGGAUGAGGAGCUGGUGACGAUCCAGAAGGACUUCUACCAGCAGCAUGAGGCCAUCGCUGGCAUGAGCGAGGAACAGGUCGUCGCUGCCAUGAAGCAGUUGGACGCCCAUGUCGAGGGGAAGAAACCUCACCCGAGGCCAGUCAUGUCCUUCGAGCACUUCAGCAUUUCAGGUGAUUUGAUGAAGGGCAUCACGAACGCGGGCUUCCCGAAGCCCUCACCGAUUCAGUCUAUCGGCUGGCCCACAGCCCUGUCAGGGCGCGACAUGGUCGGCAUCGCGCAGACAGGGAGCGGCAAGACUUUAGCAUACCUGAUGCCAGGCCUCGUGCACAUCGCGUCGCAGCCCCCGCUGCGCCCGGGCGACGGGCCUGUGGCCCUCGUGAUGGCCCCCACCCGCGAGCUGGCGAUGCAGAUUCAGGUCGAGGCGGACAAGUUCGCGGGUCCCACCCGCAUCCGCAACACCGCGGUGUUCGGCGGGGUCAGCCGCUACGGGCAGGCUGCGGACCUCCGGCGUGGCGUCGAGAUCGUCAUCGCCACCCCCGGCCGCCUGCUCGACUUCUUGGAGGGCGGGGUCACCAACCUGAAGCGGGUGUCUUACCUCGUCCUGGACGAGGCCGAUCGCAUGCUCGACAUGGGGUUCGAACCGCAGAUCCGCAAGGUCGUCUCGCAGAUCCGCCCAGACCGCCAGACGUUGCUGUACUCCGCCACGUGGCCCAAGGAGAUCCAGCGCCUGGCCAGGGACUUCUGCCGGGAAGACCCUGUCAAGGUGACGAUCGGCUCGGAAGAGCUGUCUCUGAACCCCAACAUCACCCAGCAGAUAGAAGUCGUGGGCGAGUUCGAGAAGCGGGACCGGUUCAUGGCCUUCAUGAAGGAAGCUGCCAGUGGCGACAACAGGGUACUGGUCUUCACAGAGACCAAGAGGGGCGCCGACUCGCUCUGCAGAGAGCUGCAGUACCAGCAGCUGUCGGCCGCGGCGAUACACGGCGACAAGGACCAGAGGACUCGGGACCGCACGCUGGGCGAGUUCAAGUCCGGCCGGACCAACAUCCUGAUAGCCACGGACGUGGCCCAGCGCGGCCUUGACAUCAAGGACGUCAGGUACGUCGUGAACUACGACGUGCCGAAGACGCUGGAGGACUACAUCCACAGGAUCGGCCGCACGGGGCGGGCCGGGGCCAAGGGGACGGCCGUCUCCUUCUUCCCCGCGGACGCCUACACGCCGGACGUCAUCCGCAUGGCGCGCGCGAUCGCGAAGUGCAUGCGGGACAUCGGCCAGUCGCCCCCGCGUGCCCUGGUGGACAUCUCGGGCGCCCGGCGCUGA